CCGGACCGGAAGCUGGCACGCUAAUGGCGGCGCUCCGGCGGACCGGUCGGGCCUGGGCUGCAGCUUCGGCCUUCCUUCGCUUCGCAUCUAAGGCCAGGCGUUGGGUCAGCGGGGACGGCGGCCGGCGGGUCCGGGUCGCGCCGCCCUGGAGAAUUCUCUUCUUCGGAACCGAUGCGUUCGCGCAGCGGACCCUGCAGGAAGUGCACAGCUCCUUGUGCGAUGGGAAUCUGCUGAUAGAACGGCUGGAAGUGGUUACUUUGCCGGACACUAAAUAUGGCGAACUGCCUGUGCGAAGAUACGCCAGGCUUAAUGAAAUAACACUUCACGACUGGCCUUGCCUCACGGAGUGCCAUCACUUUGAUGUUGGAAUCGUCGUAUCGUUUGGUGUGCUGCUCAGUGAUACUCUUAUAGAGCAGUUCCCCUAUGGGAUACUGAAUCUUCACCCAAGCCUCCUCCCACGGUGGAGAGGCCCUGCUCCGAUUUUCCACACCCUGAUCCAUGGUGACCAGGUGACUGGCGUGACCAUCAUGCAGAUUCGACCCAAAAGGUUUGACAUUGGCCCCAUUCUGUCACAGCAGAAGACUCCUGUUCCUCCGAGGUGUACGGCUGACGAGCUGGGAGUGAUACUGGCAGAAAAAGGUGCUGAAAUGCUGCUGUCUGUGUUGAGGAGUCUGCCGGAACACGUUGAGAAUAGACGGGAGCAGAGCAAGGAGGGCGUCACAUUUGCUCCUAAAAUCACCGUGGCCGACAGCUGGGUGAAUUGGGAGGAACAAACGGUGGAAGAAAUUGAUCGGUUAAACCGGGCAAUUGGGUCCAGGCUGCCACUGCGCACACUGUGGAUGGGCAGGACCCUAAAGCUGAUGGACCUAGUGGAUGUAGAAGAAAUCCCACACCUGCCGGAUGCCACACCGGAUCAGUUAAUCCCUGGGACAGCCCACUUCCACAAGGAAUUAAAGGUGCUCUUCAUACGCUGCAAGAAUGGCUGGACCGGUUUUAGGCAGGUACUGUUGAAGAAGCAACUCACUGCUGCAGAUUUUUACAAUGGAUACCUCCAUCCAUACUUCCGAGGAGCUAUGGUUCAUCAAAGUGUGGCCAGGUUUCAGACACACAAACCAAGAACAAAGAUCAAAAAGAUGCCAAAAUGAACUGGAACGUGGCUUGAUGAUAAAGAUCAUCUGCAGUUUCUUUGACCAGAGAAAUCCCACACAGCAUGGACCAGUUUGAAAACCUACACUGCGGACCCUUCUGAACUCUGUCAUUUUCCAGGUGGUUCAACAUGACCCUGUGGAAUCCAGCUGUCUAUACCCAGUGCGACACAGAUGGCUGUCUGGGAGGAGAACAGGCUGAUCACCAUGACUGAUUACACCCCCACACCCCUGACAAUACAGAACUGACCCAGUCUGAGGAGCCGGCCCUGUUUAUACACUGCAAGUUCAGCCAGUGAUGUGAAACCAGAAUAAUAAUUGGUAAAAGUAAAACAGUCGUGGUGUUUAUA